UAGAGAAAGAGAAUGAGCUGUUUGUGCGGCCGAUAUUCCGUGCCUAUUGAUUAAAUGCAACACAGCCCACUGAUGGAGGAGCGCAGGACGGAGGCAAUCAGUCUGUCGAAUGAAUGCGUGCUUUAGGCAGGCUCGAGGACACAUCUUUGCAGUGGUGUACCCACAAGCCAUAGUCGUGACAGUAAACGUGAGGGAGGAACACCAUCGGGACCCAGUCUGCGGGAUGCAGAGUGAGCGGGAGACAGUGCGAAUGAUCUGAUGCUGCAGGAAAUCGCCAUUGUCUGUGUCAGCAACCUAACCUCCUGCUAGGUCUCGCCAUCUCUAUUAAAUGCAUUGGGAUCUGCAAAGAGGAGCUAUCUGCUCAAUGGUGCUUGUUAUUGUUUUUUUCCUUUUCGCCGUAAAGAGUGCUGCUGCGAUCUCUGCUACAGUAAGUGAUGACAACAAAAUCAUUGUGUCACUCCAGCCAUCUGAUGUGACGAAUGGAUCUUCUCUGUACUAUGUGAAGAUAACACAGUCUGUUAACCUGACUAAUUAUAAACUGCAGUUCAAUUACUUCAACAGUACGCUCCCUCCCCCUGUGGUCUUCAAUGCUUCUUACCAUGGGAUCUACUACUUAGUGACCCUACUGACUGGCAACUCAAAAUCAACCGUUAAGCCAGUCCAUUUAGUUGCUGUACUAACAAAACCACUCCCAGUCAACAGUGUGGCCGUAUACGACUACAAGCAAUCCCCACAAACUGGAGUUCUGUUUGACAUUCAAUACCCAAAGCAGACCACUAACUUUUUCUCAAGAUUAAAAUUAAGUUACUUGGAAGGCAGUUAUUAUCGAACGUCACUCCACAAAGAUUUUCUGAAGGGCAAGUUAAUUUUCAACACUUGGCUACCUGGAACAUGCUACAGUAACAUUACAUUCCAACUGGUGGCAGAGGCAAAUGUCAAUCAAGUUCCAUUAAUGGAGUACAGUGCCAUUGGCCAUGAGCCAAAACAUCAUCGAACAGUACCCUACCCCCCGAGUAAUGUGUCAAUGAAGAUUGUGUACAAGAGACAUCAAUCUGUCAGUGAAAUUCAUGCUGGCCAUGAACGUUAUUCUCUCAACGUGACUAAAACUGCCGAUGAGCGAAGCAAUGCAAUUGAUACUGAGAUCAGUGACCUUACAGCAAACCAGUCAGCCGAACAGGGAUAUAAUAAAUUCAUCAAUGACAUUGAAAAGAAAAUGAAAGCUAACUGGGCGCUGGAGUUCCAUGCAGACAGUAAAGAGAUUUCAGCGAGUGGAAGCGAUUAUUUAGAUGUAAUGAAUGCUACUGAAGGCGAUUCUCCAAAUGUUAAUUACACGACCACAGAGUCUGUGCACUCUGUGACCAGUCCAGAAACUGUGUGGCUUGUGCUCCAGUGGUUCCCACCAAAAUCAUACACAACUUACGAUGGCUUCAACAUUUACAUCCAAAGGGAAGAGAACCCUGCUGAAGUUUUCACAGUAGAAAAUGACAGUUAUGUUUUCGAGCUGGAACUCCAAGAGGCGGGAAAAUACAACGUCACUGUAACAACUGUCAGCUCCUUUGGGAUCUGUCCAACUAGAGAGAGCUCACCCAAGAAAGCCUUGACGUUUUACCUAAGUUCCUCUGGGAAGUGGUUUAAGGAGGUCACUGAAAGCCCUCAGAAUGUUGCUGUGAAGAUACUGAAUUCUAUUACAGCCCAAGUAUCCUGGAUCCACUCGCAACAAACCAACUACAAUAGUAUUGUGUCGAUCAUAUCUCUGUCCUGUCAGCAGCAAUUAGAGGGGCAGAGAAUUGAGUCCCGUUAUUGCUACCAGGUAAAUCUGAGUAGUAACAUCAUCGAAAACCUGAUGCCAGGAGCGUAUUACCAGGUCAUGGUCUACUUGAAAAACGGGCCUGCUGUUGGUCCUCCUUCUCUCCCAAUUACAUUUGGUUUGAACCCAUCAGGAGUGAAGAACCUGAUACUAUACCCUUUGGGCCCCACAGCAGUAGUGGUGACCUGGAGCAGACCUUACUCUGUGGUGUUUAAAAAGUACGUUGUGGAAAUGUACCAUCAUGAUCCGCAGAACCAAAACUCAAAAUGGAAAACCAUUCAAGAUAUUCCAUUCACAAUUGCCUUAACAACCUCGAUGACUGUGACUAACCUGCAACCAGCUUCACGUUAUGAGUUUCGUGUUACAAUGGUGUCUUGGGGAGACCCUGAAAUGAGCUGCUGUGAUCGAUCUAUAAUGAGCUACAUAACAGCACCACUAGCUCCGAAGAUUACUUGGCUGGAGUAUUCUAAGAACCUACUUUCUGUUAGCUGGACCUAUGGGGACAUUACAACUGAAACAUCCAAUUCAACUCUACCUUAUUGGCUUGUUGUGGCUGUUGGACGAAGAAUUAUUAAAAAGAGUGUUCCACACAGCACAAUGACGACUCUGCUUCGAUUACCUCCUGGAGACAUCUAUAACCUAACUGUGGUAGCCUAUACGGAAGGGAGCAGCAACUCCUCAGCACCACAUAUCAUCCAACUCCAGCCCGCUUCUCCCAAGUCACUCUUCGCUGUCAACAAAACACAGACAUCGGUUACACUCCUGUGGGUAGAGGAAGGAGUCAUUGAUCACUACAAGGUCACAUGCAAACAGGUUGGAGCAAGAGAUGAAGGAAAGAAAGAAGAGGUCACCGUUUACUCGCCUAUUGUUACAUUAACCAACCUUGCGCCAUCGACCUCUUACAACUGCAGUGUGACUAGUGUCAGUUAUGAGCGUUACAGUGCUCCAGUUUUCAUCACUAUUUCCACAACAGUUACAGAAGUGAAUUCGAACAUGGUCGUAAUCUCUGCCCUUGCAAUUCUGAGUAUCCUGCUCAUAGGACUGUUGCUGAUUACACUGUUUGUUCUCCGCUGGAAGCACUUGCAACAUGCCAGGAAUUGUGGAGCGGGAAUAUUUGUCAAUUUCGCCACUUUGGAGAGGGAUGGGAAGCUGCCAUUUAACUGGUACGUUCAGAGUGGAAAGGAGAGGCGUAGAAGUAUUUUUGCUGUUCUUGCACUGCUCCCAUCAUGCCUUUGGACUGACUAUCUUUUGGCCUUUGGUAUUAACCCCUGGAAUAAAUAUGCACUGAAGAAGAGGAAGUUGGCCAACCCUGUUCAGCUGGACGAUUUUGAAUUGUAUCUCAAGGACAUGGGUAGAGACUCUGAUUACAAAUUCUCUCUGCAGUUUGAGGAUCUCAAACUUGUGGGUCAGGAUAUUCCCCAUGAUGCAGCUGAACUGCCAGUAAAUCGAUGUAAAAAUCGUUACACUAAUAUCCUGCCGUAUGACUUCAGCCGGGUGAAAUUAAGAUCUCUGCACAGUGAAGAGGGCUCAGACUACAUCAAUGCUAACUACAUCCCUGGCUUUAACUGUGCACAUGAAUACAUUGCAACGCAAGGACCCUUGCCAGAGACAAGAAAUGAUUUUUGGAAAAUGAUAAUGCAGCAGAAGUCAUGUAUCAUCGUUAUGCUCACACAGUGUACUGAGAGGAGACGGGUAAAAUGUGACCAUUAUUGGCCUUUUAAUGAACAGCCUGUUGGUUACGGAGACAUCACUGUUGAAAUGGUCUUUGAAUCAGAGCACGCGGGUCAGUCAGAGGAGACUCAGUCUGAAUGGAUCAUCAGGGAAUUCAACGUCAGCUACGCAGAUGAAAGUCAGAGAGUAAUUCACUAUAAUUACAUGGCAUGGCCAGAUCAUGGUGUGCCCGGUGCCAAUGCAACAGAGAGCAUCUUACAGUUUGUACAAUUGGUGAGGCAAGAGACAAGGGAGAGACCAGGCCCAAUAGUUGUGCACUGCAGUGCUGGUGUAGGAAGAACAGGAACCUUCAUAGCUCUUGACCGCCUCAUGCAGCGUAUCCAGGAGCACGAGUACGUGGAUAUCCUGGGCCUGGUGACUGAGAUGCGUACAUACAGAACAUCAAUGGUUCAGACAGAGGAACAAUACAUUUUCAUUCAUCGGUGUGUGCAGCUGAUGUGGAAAAAGAGAAAGCAACACUACAGUAACAGUGACGUGAUAUAUGAGAAUUCUAGACCAUCCCAGCUCUGAAGCCUGGAAGAUUCCAAACUUUACAGCACACUGCUUUAUUUCUAAACUUCUGGUGUGUCCUGUGCUUGGCUCUAACCACAGAGGAUCACUGCUAGCAACAGAGAGAUGAUAAAAGAACAUUUAUUAAAAAAUGCUCUGGAACAAUGCCUUAAAAGUACCUGUAGUGUCUUUGGACUGUUUCCACCAGAAAAUUCAGCGUGGGACCAAAUUCAUCUGAAAAACAAGUGUUAAAAUAGGUACAAGCAACAACUCCGUAAAGGAAUAAUUGAAGUGUAUUGCAUUCCACUGCUCAUGUUCAGUUAACGCACCAUGUUACACAGAUAAACUUUCACUAAAAGUCUGCUUUCCUGGAUUCAUCUAGCCUUUCUUAUACAAGCCAAAAAAAAUCACUUUAAACUAAAUGGUAAAAACUGUGAAGUGACUGAGGAAUUCAUGGAAUUAUUGUAUUUAUGCAAUAAAGAACAUUGCAUCAGAGAUUGGUGAUUAAGAGGAUUUAUCUGGCACUGCAGAUCCAAGACAUAUUCCUCAAAAAUGCACAUACUGUUAAUUAUAAUUGAUGUUGUGUAAUGCAUUGUGUCUUGACAGUUUCAUUGUGUUGCAGAUGAGGUAAAAUUCACUGUUUUCAUUUAGCAGUUAUAACAAUUAUUUUUCCAACAUCUACACACACUGCCUUUUUGGGUGCUGACUCUUCCUAGUUCUAAAAAGAACAAUCAUUGCCUGACUACACAAAAUUGGAGCUUUAAAUACAAGUGAAACAAGGGAGAAAAGAAUGCUAACGUGAAUUUAAGUCAGAUUUAAUCAUGCAAAAUAUUUAAAGGUGCAAAGAUGUUAUUGUUUACCUAGCGAAUUGUCACAGGAAAUUAACUCCCCAGAAGUAAAAAAUAGUUGAAGGCAAGAUUCAACACAAGUGAUUAAGAACCACAUUUUUGUAGCAGAGAGCAAACCUGUUAAUAUAGUUACCAGAUUAGAAUUUCAAUCAUCAGUACUCGAGUACCAGUUGAUUGGACUUGCUCCAUUUUGAAAUUUUUCUUAAAGUGCAAAAUUGUGUGUGGUCAUGCGUAAAAAUCAUAGGAUGUUACCCCAUAGCAAAUCUCUAGCCGUAAACUAUUGUGGUUCAGAAACAAGAUAUUUACAAAUGCAUCUUACCUUAUAAAGAAAUCCAAAUUAAGUGGAACAACCAGAUAUUGCACAGCAUGUGGUUGAGUUUUGACUAGAUUCUAUAACAGUACAAUUUUUUUUUCUUAAGUUUUCAAUGAGGCAGAAGAGACUAAGUCAUUUGCAUUGCCAUACCUGUGACCUGUUGCUCAGCCCCAAACCAGAAAUUACACCAUCAUACAGAAAUACCAAAUGCAACAUGCCAUUUCUGAUGUUGUGUGCUUAAAAUGAAUAUUCAGAAAAACAUGCAGCACUUGUUCUGCUGUUUGUCACUUUUGUACCAUUCAUAAAUCGUAUUUGUACAUUAAAUCUUUGUAUAAUAGUUUCUCUAAUUUAUUUUUUUUGGGUGGCUUGCUGUAGUGUAGAUUUUUCAGCUUUGAAUUGUACCAGUAUUUGGAAUGCACCAAUGUAAGAAACCCUCUCUGACAAUAAAUCAUUAAUUUGCA